UAACCGUUGGACCAUAAUAGCUAGCACUUGAUGAUGCAUGUCCCAAAGAAAGCAGCCAGAUCUUGCUCGUGAUUCGGAAAUUUUCAAGCAUCCCAUCCCAUCUCAUUUUAUUUUUCUUUAUUUGAUCAUUCGCCUCCUGAUUUCAUGUCCCGCGCUGCUGGUUGUGAGAUGCGCUGGUGCAAAGAACCUGGCAUUAAAUCACUUGGUUAUGAGGCCAAGCGAUAUGAUACAGUCAGUGCGCAUCAUGUUAAACUUCCUGCGUGUAGGCAUGUAACACACACGUUUUUU